AUGUCGAAACAUAAAGGCAAAGAGAGACCCACAAGUUAUCGUUGUGAUCGCUGCAAGAAAGUCCUCACCACUUCAUCACGUCUGAGAAAACAUAAGAUGAUUCACACUGGAGAUAAACCGUUCAGGUGUGAUCAGUGUGGAGCAGCUUUUACCCAACAAAGUCAUCUGAAGAUUCACCAACGUAUUCACACUGGAGAUAAACCGUUCACUUGUGAUCAGUGUGGAGCAGCUUUUAUCACUAAAAGUAAACUAAAGAUUCACCAACGUAUUCACACUGGAGAAAAACCGUUUAGGUGUGAUCAGUGUGGAACAGCUUUUACCACAUCAGGUAGUCUAAAGAUUCACCAACGUAUUCACACUGGAGAUAAACCGUUCAGGUGUGAUCAGUGUGGAGCAGCUUUUACCCAACAAGGUCAUCUAAGGGCUCACCAAUGUAUUCACACUGGAGAUAAACCGUUUAGGUGUGAUCAGUGUGGAGCAGCUUUUACUGAGUCAGGAAAGCUAAAGAUUCACCAACGUAUUCACACUGGAGAAAAACCAUUCAGAUGUGAUCAGUGUGGAGCAGCUUUUACCAGAUCAAGUGAUCUAAAGACUCACCAACGUAUUCACACUGGAGAUAAACCGUUUAGGUGUGAUCAGUGUGGAGCAGCUUUUAGCACAUCAGGUAAUCUAAAGAUUCACCAACGUAUUCACACUGGAGAUAAACCGUUUUGGUGUGAUCAGUGUGGAGCAGCUUUUAGCACAUCAGGUAAUCUAAAGAUUCACCAACGUAUUCACACUGGAGAUAAACCGUUUACUUGUGAUCAGUGUGGAGCAGCUUUUACCCAACAAGGCCAUCUAAGGGCUCACCAACGUAUUGACACUGGAGAUAAACCGUUUAGGUGUGAUCAGUGUGGAGCAGCUUUUACCACAUCAAGUGAUCUAAAGAUUCACCAACAUAUUCACACACGAGAUAAACCAUUCAGAUGUGAUCAGUGUGGAGCAGCUUUUACCACAUCAAGUGAUCUAAGGACUCACCAACGUAUUGACACUGGAGAUAAACCGUUUAGGUGUGAUCAGUGUGGAGCAGCUUUUACCACAUCAAGUGAUCUAAAGAUUCACCAACAUAUUCACACACGAGAUAAACCAUUCAGAUGUGAUCAGUGUGGAGCAGCUUUUACCACAUCAAGUGAUCUAAGGACUCACCAACGUAUUCACACUGGAGAUUCCGUGUCCAGGCCUGGAGGUCUGGCUCCGGGGACGACCCCCGAUCUAAGCCCCGUUCAGCUCGGCUCUCCUCCCCGCCAGCCUCCGGUCCUCCGUUUCCAGGCUCUCUUGUUCCGGUUCUGGGUCCGUCUGCCUCCGGGGACGACCCCCGCGGUCUCAGCGCCACUUGACAGCGGAUCUAAGCCCCGCGAUCCUGGCGGGCCUCCCCACGAGUCUCUGGUCCAGCUGGUCCGGGUCUCUCGGUCUCCUCCACCGUCCCAAACACCCCCUGGACCCCAUGCUCAAACACCCAGCUCACCGGCCGAACCCGGGGGUCUUCGGCGGAUUUGUGUCCGGGAAUGGUGCGCCGUCCUCGGCCUCGCUGGCUGA